CUGUAGUACGCCAUUAAGCUUACAGAAUAUGUGUGCAACUUUGAGUCCUGCGUUCUCGGUACAAUAUGUGAUAUUGGUGACACAUAAUACUAAAGCCCCUCCAGAAUUCAGUGUUAUUAAACUUGCAGGGACAAAUAGAUGCUAGCAAGCUGUUAGUAAAUGUGCUUGGGACAAGCUAACGUCAGAAAAGGAGAGAUUUUAUUCUAGGCUGUGGAGAAAGAGAUCAACACAGACUAUAGUUACCUGUAGUCUAUGGAUAAAAGUAACCGUUGUAGCUAAUGUCUGUGGCGGAAGGAAAAUGAAGCAUGUAAACAAUAAAUAAUAUUGUGAAUGCGAACUUUACUUUCCCAGUUAUGGAGCAGGAGGACAAAGUGGGGUGUAUGGAAGCAGAAGCACUGAAAAGGAAAGAAAGGUUGAAGCAAUUGAAGAGGAAACAUGAAGAAGUGAAGGAUGGUACAGCGUCAGAAGAAAAAUCGGAAUCAGUUUCUGUUCUUCCAAAGCCGAAAUUCCGAAGCUAUCGACCCCAAGAUGAAACGUUGAAGGAAAAUGUUGUUCCUGAAGCUAAACCUGGAGAUGUGGAGGAGGAAGUAAAGGAUCAGUUGAGCUCUGCACAUUCGAAAGUUGUCAUCGAAGAGUUGGACAUAACAAAUCUUGCACCGCGCAAACCGGACUGGGAUCUGAAACGUGACGUUGCCAAGAAGCUGGAGCGGCUCGAGAGGAGGACGCAGAAGGCGAUUGCGGAGCUGAUUCGCGACAGGCUCCGGAAGGGUCAGGAGGACCUCGCCAACAGUGUCAAUGCCGGUGCACGCAUCAACCAGAUGGACGCUGCCAACGAAGAUUGACGGGAUGCGGCUCUCUUUCGGUAGAGUCUGCAGGUUCCUGAAAUAGGUGCUGAAGCUGCUGGGAAUGCUGCCUGUUGCCAGCAAGUGGCAGUAACCCCGUCAGACACAGUGGCUCUCACUUGCAAUCGCAGAACGAUCGAGAUGUUGCAAGCUGUGAGUUAAUCUGCUCAGUAGUGUGUCUUUAGCUGAUGCACCGAACUGUUUCCCAUUUAUUGAAGUGCAGUCAGUUGCACUCAGGCCUAUACCAAUACUAGUGAAAGUGCGACUGGAGUUUCAGAUCGUGUGUGGAAAUUUGUACUGAAAGACUGAUUGUAUUAGUAAUGCGUCUUGUCUGCAAUUGUGCUACUGGCACAAAUUAUAUAAUUCGUGAUCAUAAUGAUUGAUAAUUACAUUUUAUACAGCACAGUUAAAGUUACACCUUCAGACAGUUUUAUUAUUUUUAUUUUUAACUUGUGUGUCUGUUCAAAUAGGCAUUUUCAGAAUUUUGUAGUUGACAAGAUCUUGCCAUUAAUGUUUGAAACAUAUUCUCUAAAAACUUUUGUCAGGAGUAUGAGGUGUAA